GGGCGCCGCUCUGCCGACGUCCUCACCUCUCUCUGGACUGACCAGGCAGGAAAUCGGUGGCCAUCACUGCGGACAGGUGCGGCUCAUGGGGAUGCUGCUUUCACCUGGGCAAAUACGGAACUCCCCUCCAGCCCCUACCACCGCAGUCACAAGCCGAAAGGUUAGAUUGAGGCCCGCUGGGUGAGAUAGGGUGGAAGCAGGGGCCCGAGGCUUUGUGCCCCAUGAGAACCCAUAGAUAACACCUCCCCUAUGCCCUUAUCUGGGAGUAGCCAGCCUUCGGCAGAAGGAAGGCCAUGCAUAGUUGUGGGGCUGGAUUUGUUUCUCCAGUUGUUCCCAUAGGCAAAGGAUCCCCCAGGCAAUCCAGAGCUCCUUGGGCUGCAGUCCCCCUGGGGCUCUGGAGGGGGGCAAGCAGGCACAAGCUUAUGAUUAGACAGGGACCUUAGCUGCCCUGUAGCCUUCCACUGAGGGAAGUAAAAUGGGGGGGGGCACAGUUUGGCCACAGCCAAAGCUCAGCUUUGGUCCCAACUCCCUGCUGAGCGUGGGUCUCCAGGGGCAGGGCAGAUACCCCAGCACCUUGCCCCCAACAUCCCCAGCUCACAGAUUUGAUGCUAGGACAAAGUGAGAAGUGCCCUGCAGACACAGCUCUGUCUCCUUGCAGACUGAGGCCAAGGCCAAGGGCCGAGGCCGAAGCCAAAGAAAGCCAUGGGUGACUGGGGCUUCCUUGAAAAGCUGCUGGACCAGGUCCAGGAGCACUCCACUGUGGUGGGCAAGAUCUGGCUGACUGUGCUCUUUAUCUUCCGCAUCCUCAUCCUGGGCCUGGCGGGCGAGUCGGUGUGGGGCGACGAGCAGUCGGAUUUUGUAUGUAACACGGCCCAGCCUGGCUGCACCAACGUCUGCUAUGAUCAGGCCUUCCCCAUCUCUCACAUCCGGUACUGGGUGCUACAGUUCCUCUUUGUCAGCACGCCCACCCUGAUCUACCUGGGCCACGUCAUCUACCUGUCGAGACGAGAGGAGCGGCUGCGGCAGAAGGAGGGAGAGCUUCGGGCCCUGCCGGCCAAGGACCCACAGGUGGAGCGGGCUCUGGCAGUCAUAGAGCGUCAGAUGGCCAAGAUCUCUGUGGCAGAGGACGGUCGCCUGCGGAUUCGUGGGGCAUUGAUGGGCACCUAUAUGACCAGUGUGCUGUUUAAGAGCUUGUUAGAGGCUGGCUUCCUGUACGGCCAGUGGCGUCUCUAUGGCUGGACCAUGGAGCCAGUGUAUGUGUGCCAGCGUGCACCCUGCCCCCACCUCGUGGACUGCUUUGUGUCUCGGCCCACAGAGAAGACCAUCUUCAUCAUUUUCAUGCUGGUGGUUGGCCUCAUCUCCCUGGUCCUCAACCUGCUGGAGCUGGCGCACCUGGCAUGCUGCUGCCUCAGUCGGGGGCUGAAGGCACAGCAGGGCCAGGAUGUGCCUCCAGCCCAGCCCACAUCCUCAGACUCUUACCCUGACCAGGUCUUCUUCUACCUCCCUAUGGGCGAGGGGCCCUCGUCCCCCCCGUGCCCCAACUACAGUGGGCUCUCAUCCAGUGAGCAGAACUGGGCCAACUUGACCACAGAGGAGAGGCUGGCUUCUUCUGGGGGCCCCCUCUUCCUGGACCCGCCCCCACAGAGUAGCCAGAAAUAUUCCAGUCGCCCCAGUAGCUCUGCUUCUAAGAAGCAGUAUGUAUAAGGGGCCUUGGGCUUACGUCACUCAGCAGAGGUAUCCUGAGCAGUUGUCUGGCUGCCCCCUCCUGGAAGGUUCUGCAGACCUAACUGGACUAAGAAGUAGCAGUUGCUGGCCAGAGUGCCUCUGGGUAUUAGCUCUGGAACACUAGGGGCCUUCCUGGGACCGUGGGGCACUACGGGAUCCUCUCCAGGUAGGGUCUCUUGACCAAGAGAUUAAGGGAUUAUUUCCACCUAAUCCAGAGGGAUUUUGCCUCUGCCGUUAUGGAACAUUCGCCUCUGCCCGGGUUGUGCACACAUCCUCUUCUCGUGGGAAAAGACUGCAGGAUCAGCCUUGGUCACAGAGACAGAGCCGUGCCAGACCCAGCCCGGGCUAGAGCACUCGUUCUCAUCACUCCUUCCUAGUUCUAUUGUUCGUGCUAGUGAAAUAAACAGGACUUGAUCACAA